UCUCGUGGUUUCACUGGUUUUAAGGUGUUUCGCUACGACGGUAACCUCUACUUUGCCUGCGCUGAGCAUUUCCGUGAGUCAGUUUACUCGUGCACAGGUGUCGACCCUCGCCGACUUGCAAGCCAGCGGCUCAACUUGAGCUUAGGUUUAGCUAAAAUUGAGCCAACUUGUUCCCAAUCGGUGUUGGGUGACGUUGGCCUUAUCUCUCAGCAUGAGGCAGAUGAUAAACCUUCGAACUUAUCAACACCACUUCCUUCUGCACAUGAGCUGCCAUCAUCGUCUUACUCGUCGAAGGAUAUGUCAGAUACCAAUAAUGGGAAGAUAUCGUUUUACCCCAAUGUGACGGUCGCGGAAGUCUCGCAGGAUAUUGUGCCGACUACUUUCAGCUUGGUGAAUUAUAGACCAGAAUCUUUUGACACUCCGUCUAUGGCUGCUGGCGAUUCAGAAAUUAUAAAUUCCCUUUGUUUGGGCGAUUCACGAUCUUCGGUCGUUCCUGAGCAGACUGAUCACAGUAAAGACAUAUAG